AUGUCGAAAACGAAGAGCGACAAAGCGACCAAGUCCAUGGCUGAGGAACCUCAUGGCUAUGAGUUUCUAGGACCUCCUGGAGCUUUCGUCAUCUCCUUCGGCCUUCCAGUCUUGGUCUACGUCUUCACAUUCUUGUGCAAUGACAUCUCUGGGUGCCCAGCGCCUGUUCUACUCCACCCUUACAGCUUCAGCCUCGAGCAGCUGAAGAAGGAGGUAGGAUGGACUGGAUUCUCAGGUCUGCUUAACACCCAAGCUUUCCUUGGUACUUUGGGUUACUACUUCUUGAGUCUAGCUCUCUAUCGAUUUCUUCCUGGUCAGGAAGUUGAGGGAACAGAGCUUAGGAGCGGCGGAAGGCUCAUGUACAGGUUCAAUGCCUGGAACUCAGCCCUUUUCAUCAUGACUCUUCUCGCCGCUGGCACCAUCUCCCAAGGUGCUGAGUUUCCCGUCUGGACCUUUAUCACUGACAACUACGUUGGCAUCCUGACGAGCAACAUACUCAUCUCCUACUUUUUGGCCACUUACUGCUACGUCGCUUCCUUCAGCGUCAAGCACCCCAAGGAUCCUAACAUGCGCGAGCUUGCUGCUGGUGGCCGUACUGGCAACAUGCUUUACGACUGGUUCAUUGGACGUGAGCUGAACCCCCGCGUCAACUUGCCCAUCUUUGGGGAAGUAGACAUCAAGGCCUGGUGUGAGCUUCGCCCUGGUAUGCUCGGAUGGGUCAUCCUCGACCUCGCUUUCAUCAUGCAGCAGUACCGUAACUUUGGCCGCGUUACUGACAGCAUCAUUCUCGUCACUGUCGCCCAUACCGUCUACAUCUUCGACGCGCUUUACAUGGAACCCGCCAUCCUUACCACCAUCGACCUUAUCGCUGAUGGCUUUGGUAUGAUGCUUUCCUUCGGCGACCUUGUUUGGGUUCCCUUCACCUACUCCAUCCAGACUCGCUACCUAUCUAUCUACCCAGUCGAUCUCGGUCCCACUGGUGUCAUUGGCGUGCUGGCUGUCCAGGGUAUUGGAUACUACAUCUUCCGCUCCGUAAACAACGAGAAGAACCGUUUCAGGACCAACCCCGAGGACCCCCGUGUCAAGCACCUCAAGUACAUCGAGACUGCUGCUGGUUCCAGACUCCUUGUCAGUGGCUGGUGGGGUAUGGCGCGUCAUAUCAACUACCUCGGUGACUGGUUUAUGAGCUGGAGCUACGUCCUACCCACUGCCAUGUCCGGUUACCUCAUCAAGAACGCUGCUCAGUCUCCCAUCACUGCGACCCAAACCGAUGCGUACUUCUUUCAGAAUAGCUACGGCAAGUACGCAGUGCCUGGUGAGGCUAAGGGCUGGGGCAUGAUCUUCACUUACUUUUUCAUGGUGUACUUCGCCAUCUUGCUCGUUCACCGUGAGCGCCGCGACGAGGAGAAGUGCCGCAGGAAGUACGGCAAGGACUGGGACCGUUAUGUUGAGCUCGUACCGUGGAGGAUUAUUCCCGGCAUUUACUAG